GCUAGUGGAACAGGAAAUGUAACACCUACCAUGGCUGUUUAAAAAAAUGUUCAUCUAAAGGGGAUAAAAGAGGAAGUCACUGAGCAGCCAUACACAAAUACAUUAGCGUAUAGCUAGUUACGUUCAUUCCCACUGUCAUCCAUUUUGACAUGAAGAUGGUUGGAAGCUGGUUGUUUCUCCUCAUCUCUCUCCAAGGAUAUGAGGCUCCCUCCACCCCCAAUGUAAACUGCCUGAUCAUUAAUCUGGAUUAUGUCAACUGCAUCUGGAGUGAACAGAGGAUCCCAGAGGUCAACUUCACCUUUUUCAGCAGCAGGUUCAUCAAAGGUAAUAUGGAGGAGUGCACAACAUAUCUCCAGGAGAAGAGUUAUGCUGUGGGAUGUAGACUGUCCUAUGACAAGUCUGACAGGUUUAGAACACUGACAACCAAGCUGGUCCAUCAGAACAACAGUAAUGUGCAGAACCAUAACCUGAAAAGCAUGGUGAAGCUUUACCCUCCUGUCAACCUGUCAGUUGAGAUGAACAAAGACCCAGAGCUGAAUCUGUACUGGAACAACAGCAAGAACACCUUAUGCAUUGAGAGUGAAGUUCGCUACAGAAUAAACAGCGACAAGUGGAAGACUUCUACUCCAAGCAAGGAACAGAAGUAUGCUGUGGCUUUCCCGUUAAAGAGCAGUCGGUAUGAGUUUCAAGUGAGAGCACGAGUAAACGACAUGUGUGGAGAGUCCAAGUUCUGGAGUGAAUGGAGUCAGCCCAUUCAAUGGGAUUCCAUGAAGGGAAAUAACAUCACAGACAUAUCUGGCAGCUCAAUGUCUGUGUGGAAGCCAGUACUGUCAUUAGUGGGUACCAUGACACUCUUCAUAUUGGCCUGCAUGCUGGUCUACAGGGAAAGAGAACGACUGAGAUUCAUCCUCAUUCCCAUUGUGCCUAAUCCAGGAAAGAACCUAGAUGAGAAUGUAGAGGCCUGGCGUCAAAUCUCCAAGGACAUUUGCUUCCAGUCUAACUUCACUGAGCUUGCCUGUCCUGUUCGUGAGUACAGUCUGGUUCCCCAAACUGGCAGCGUCAGUGAAUCUGAGAGCAACCUCUCCAUUACAACAGACCAGUCAGAUCUCCUGUCCAUGUGUUCCUCCUCAGCUUCCACUUUUCCUGUCACAAGUGAAAAUGAACAAGCUGGUAUUGAAUGAGACUUACAAUGGCUGCAUUCUAAUUACCCUUCUCCCCUAGGUGUGCACUUGCUUGCUCCCCCUCAUUGAUAAUACGUAUUAGAUGGGUGUAUGCAUGGGCUAAAGGGAGUUUCUAUCAUAUUUUUUGUUGUUGAAUUUUAACAUAUGAAUAUCCUUAAUAUUACGGCGCCCAAUCCGUAAUAAAUGCAAGCAUUUUUGUUUGAUUUUCAACCAUUUGUACGAUUUUUAAAUGCAUCGAUUUUUGAGAGAGAAUAAAACAUAAAAUGCACUGAACAUUGCAAUAAUGACAUACCCUCCUAUUGUGAGAAAAAACGCUGUUAAUUACACAAACUGACCACAUACAAUAUAGUGUAGCAUUAUGAGCUAGGCUACUUAUGAGCGUGCAUGUCUAAAAUGGUUCUAAUAAUGUCAUUGAAAAAAAAGUCAUCUAUGCAUAAACAAGCUAAUGAAAAAAUUAUCUUAACACAGGGUUAAACAUAGUUGGAAUUGAUUGAGUGUUCAGCUGACAGUUUUAAUAUUAUAAACAAUCCCUUGUGAAAUUUAAAUUGUACUAUUGCACACUGUAUCUCGUUGGAAUAGAGGGAGCAUCUGAAAUGUUGAAUAUUAGCCUAUACCUUCAUUAAAAUGGUAUUUUAAAGGAGCUUGUAUUUAAAUGUAUUAGGGAUACCUACUGCUCUUCCUGGGGUCCAAACACAUUAAGGCACUUACAUUACAUAUAAAACAAAUUAUAAAAUAGUACAAAAGAUAAAACAGUACAUCAUACAACAUAAUUACACCACUGCAUAUCUACAAUACAAAAUGUAUAAUACCACCAUACAACAAUAUUACAAUGUACAUGUGUGGAGAGUGAGUGUACUAGUGCUUGUGUGCCUAUGCCUGUGUCUGUACCUUUGUGUAUAUUUCUUCACAGUCCCCGCUGUUCCAUAAGGUAUAUUUUAAUCUGUUUAAAAAAAAUCUGAUUGUAAUAGUAUUUUCUUUAAAAUGUUGUUUCCAAGCGGGGGUUACUGCUAUAAAAAUUACUAUAGACUAUUGGCCUAUUUCCUCUUAAAUAAAUAUGAUAAACGUUGCUUCCUAAUGUUGCAUGAUAUCCUGUAAUCCUACCAGUGGCGACCUGUCAUUCAGGGCAGGUGCCCCACCUGUUUUAAGUCAUAUCAGUUUGCAAACAAUGUAAAAAAAAAAACAUAGUCAUUGAGAUAAUAAAGCUGCAGACAAACAUGG